GCGCUCCCAUGCAGCGACUGUUCUGUGGUCAGUGCAGUGGUGGAUUUUCGCACCACAGUUUGUUAAUCAGUUGUCUGCUGUUUGCUUUUAAAUGAAUAUUAUUACUUUUAUUAAUAGUGACUGAGAGGCGAGCCGACCGUAGCGUUUUAAGUGGUUAAUUGAGUCGAGGUGUUUUGCCCGUCCACCGUGAUCUUGCGCAGCGACAUGCGCGUGGUCACGUGUCACGCAGCCACUGCCAUCAGGCUGCUUCUGCUAGUUGGUACCUUGUUUCUGGUGCUGUUGCUGAUGCAGUGGGAUGCAGGGGGUCCCAGGUUCCAUGGCUUUGUGUACAAGGCACCAACAAUGGGGGUGAUCAAAGGUGACAUCAGCAACAUGGGCUUACAAAUCAGCGGCCCCCUACCCCCGAUGGUGAGGACCCACAUUACUCCAGCCAGCCACUGCCUCCCUGGGUUUUACAGUCCCGAGGAGCUGAAGCCCCACCUACAGAGGCCCCUUCAAAACUCUACUGCCCCAGGGGCUGAUGGGAAGGCCUUUGUGAUGGGCAAAAUGACGCCGGAGGAGCAGGUGGAAAUGCAGGAGGGCAUGAGGAAAAACUGCUUCAACCAGUUUGCCAGUGACCGGAUCUCUGUGCACCGCAGCCUGGGCGAGGACACCCGCCACCCAGAUUGCGUUGGGCGCACGUUCCGGCGCUGCCCUCCUCUGCCCUCCACCAGUGUGAUCAUCGUGUUCCACAAUGAGGCCUGGUCUACACUCCUCAGGACGGUCUACAGUGUUCUUCACACAGCCCCAGUGGCCUUUCUCAAGGAGAUCCUCCUGGUGGACGAUGCGAGCACUGCAGAGCACCUGAGGUCACGCUUGGAAGAACACGUGCGGCCCCUGAGGAUUGUGCGGGUGUUGAGGCAGGUGGAGAGGAAGGGCCUGAUAGCGGCCAGGCUGCUGGGGGCCAGCGAGGCCCGUGCUGAGGUGCUCACCUUCCUAGACGCCCACUGUGAGUGUUACGAGGGCUGGUUAGAGCCCCUGCUGGCCCGCAUUGUGGAGGAGCCCACUGCGGUGGUGAGCCCUGAUAUCGCCAUCAUCAACAAGGACAACUUCCAGUUGAGUAGACCCAUGCCCAAAAAAGACGUCCACAAUCGUGGUAUCUUCGAGUGGGACCUGGCGUUCAACUGGGAGGCCGUCCCAAAGCAUAAGCAAAUGAGGCGGAAGAAUGAGACCUACCCCAUCAAGUCUCCUACCUUUGCUGGAGGUUUAUUCUCCAUCUCAAAGUCAUACUUUGAGUACAUCGGGAGAUAUGACGACAAGAUGGAGUUUUGGGGAGGAGAAAACUUGGAAAUGUCCUUCCGGGUGUGGCUCUGUGGGGGACAGCUGGAGAUCAUUCCCUGCUCAGUGGUUGGCCACGUCUUUCGUAGCAAGAGUCCCCAUACCUUCCCCAAAGGCACUGGGGUUAUCGUGCUAAACCAAGUGCGUUUAGCUGAGGUAUGGAUGGGGGACUACAAAUGGAUCUUCUACAGGAGGAAUGGGAAGGCCGCUGAGAUUGCCAGGGAGAAAACGUUUGGUGAUCUGUCAGAUCGCCUGAGACUAAGGGACAGGCUACACUGCAAAAACUUCACCUGGUAUCUGGAGAACAUCUACCCCGAGGCCUUCAUCCCAGACCUGGAGCCCAUUAUGUAUGGAUCGAUCAAGAACUUUGGCUCCCAGCUCUGUCUGGACGCAGGGCAGAGUAGCCGGAGUGGAAAGGCUGUGAUCAUGUACGUAUGUCACCAACAGGGAGGAAACCAGUACUUUGAGUACACCUCACGCAAAGAGUUACAACACAACCUGAAGUAUCAGCUGUGUCUGCUGGCAAGGCCACCGCCAGAGCCUGUCCGGAUCGAGCCGUGUCACUUCAGCGGUCCUGGGACCAGCGUGGUACCUACAGAGGUGUGGGAGUUUCUGAUAGCAAAGAUGAGCAGUCUCCCGCUGUCCCGAUCGGAGGUCUUUGGGCAGCUGAGGAAGGAGCUGCAUGAAGACAAAGAGUUCCACCAGUCGGACGUCCAUGUCUUUGUUAUCAUGGGUGCUUCGGGGGACUUAGCCAAAAAGAAGAUAUACCCAACAUUAUGGUGGCUGUUCCGAGACGGGCUCCUCCCCGAACAGACGUACUUCGUGGGCUACGCUCGCUCAGCCCUGACUAUCGAAGGCAUCCGGACUGCGUGCCUGCCUUACUUGAAGGUGGCGGAUAGCGAGGCAGAGCGCCUCUCCGUGUUUUUCAGCAGGAACACCUACCUGAGUGGGUCCUACAGUGAGGGCGACUCCUUUUCUCACCUGCACUCCCACAUCCUCUCCCUGCCCGGCGGCAACAUGGCCAACCGGCUAUUCUACCUGGCACUGCCCCCUAGCGUGUACCACGACGUCACCAGAAACAUCAGGAACCACUGCAUGAGCGCAAAGGGUUGGAACCGAGUAAUCGUGGAGAAGCCCUUCGGUCGGGACCUGCAGAGCUCAGAGGAGCUCUCUGCCCACCUGUCUGCCCUCUUCACUGAGGACCAGAUCUACCGUAUCGACCAUUACCUGGGCAAGGAGAUGGUCCAGAACCUCAUGGUGCUCAGGUUUGGGAACCGGAUUUUCGGCCCCAUCUGGAACCGGGACAGCGUUGCGUGUGUGGUGCUGACCUUCAAGGAGCCCUUUGGCACGCAGGGCCGGGGGGGGUACUUCGAUGACUUCGGGAUCAUUCGUGACGUGAUGCAGAACCACCUCCUCCAGAUGCUGUCCCUCGUUGCCAUGGAGAAGCCAGCCUCCACCAGCUCCGACGACGUGAGGAACGAGAAGGUGAAGGUACUGAAGUGCAUCGCUCCCGUCUCUCUGUCCGACGUGGUGCUGGGCCAGUAUGUGGGCAACCCCCAAGGGGAGGGCGAUGCCAAGCUGGCCUACCUUGACGACCCCACGGUCCCCAAAGAGUCCCGCACUGCCACCUUCGCCACCGCCGUGCUAUACGUUCACAACGAGCGAUGGGAGGGGGUCCCGUUCGUGCUGCGGUGCGGAAAGGCCCUGAACGAACGCAAGGCCGAGGUCAGGCUGCAGUUCACCGACGUGCCGGGCGACAUCUUCGCCGGACACUGCCGGCGGAACGAGCUGGUGGUGCGGGUGCAGCCCAACGAGGCCGUCUACGCCAAAAUGAUGAGCAAGAAGCCCGGCAUGUACUUCAGCCCCGAGGAGACCGAGCUGGACCUCACGUACCGCAGCCGCUACCGGGAUGUGAAGCUCCCAGAUGCGUAUGAGCGCCUCAUUCUGGACGUCUUCUGUGGGAGUCAGAUGCACUUUGUUCGCAGCGAUGAGCUUAGGGAAGCUUGGAGGAUAUUCACGCCUCUCCUUCACCAGAUCGAGCAAGAAAAGGUCUCCCCAAUCCCCUAUACUUAUGGAAGCCGGGGGCCCCCUGAAGCGGACAACCUUUCGAAGAAGGUGGGCUUUCGAUACGAAGGCACAUACAAGUGGGUUAACCCCCACAGGCUGUGAGGCACUGGGCAGCGUGUGCCUAUGCGGCUGGGGGGUGGGUUUUGGUGUCCUUCCAAAAUAAAUCUUAAACAUUCUGAAAGGAAAAGUGCUAAUUUUCAUUUAACAAGCCGGGAAACCGUGCAGCGAUCCCUACUAUCAGGGCUUGCAUACGCCAGUUCAUUAAACAAAAGCAAAGGACAGAUCCGAACGUUGACAGGAAGUGACAUCGGCUGGUGGUGCGCGAAAGCAGUGGGGGUGGGGGGGGGGGGUAGGGUUUGAAAUGACUCGUUUGUUUACUGACUGCAGACCAAAACACGCCGGAAGUAAUGCCUGCGCACCCACCCAAAAUUCACACGGCUUUCGCCAGCUCCCUUUCGACAGCUUAGCGGAACUGAGAAUACGUAUCUGAUAACAUGAUUCAGUUCCAUCCAGUAGGUUUUUAUGAAGCUCGCUGUCAUGGUCUUGGCCGUGAAAACAGCAAUACAUGUGAAACAGAGAAGUUAACGGUCCGGCGACUAUAGUGACGUACUGUGUUCAGCUUGUACGAUCAACAUCAGACCAAGCUACAACCUCACCUACAGAGUGUAUUAGGCCGGUGACUGUUUCUAGGAAUUACAUUUGGUUACCAAUGAAGCCUGACGUUACUGUAAACCAUCACUACGGUAUCAGAUGACGGUAAACAGUAUAACGAGUAGGCGACUUGUAUAUGUGCCAUACUUUGCUCUGUAGUAAGCCUAGGGGUAAAAUAUUACUAUCUCUAUUGAUAAUGAAGUAAGAACAGACCUUUUGAUUCUAGUUUACUGGGAUACUGAUGCAACCCAGGAAAGUAUUAAACAAGGUUAGGAUUUCUGGUGAUAGGAUAAGAUUCAGGGAACCGAGGAGUGGGAUUUAAAAAUGGAGGCUGGGGAGCGUGUGAACGGAGGCAAGGCGGACAGCUGGCAUACAGACUCCGGCCACCAGGGGCAUCGCUCCCUGCCAAAGCGCCUCGGCCCACUCUGAAUCCCCUCGCCACAUCGGAGUCGCUCGCACGCCUGGGCCACAGAAGCUCUGCCCACUUCCUGGCCGCACACCGCUGGCCUCCGCCUGGCCUCUGUCACACCUCUGAUGCCCAUGGGAUCUGUCACUGACAACUGUGGCUGCAGUGCAUUCUGGGAAGUCACACCCCUGCUUCAACAUGUUUGUUACUGGUUUCUGGCUGUAAUCUGUAAUUUUCUUGCAUUGUAGAGAUUGAACUUCAAAAAAAGGUUAUUUUUUGUCUUAUACCGUAUUUUAUUCAAUAAAGCUGAAAUAUGAAAUA